AUGCGUUCAACAGCCGUUCUCAUUGCCGCUGUAGUCGGCACAGCCCUCGCCGCACAGCAGCCAUACAGCCAAUGUGGUGGCCAAAACUUCUCUGGCGAUAAGACUUGCGUAUCUGGCUGGACUUGCGUCUACUCCAACCCAUACUAUUCGCAGUGCCUGCAGUCAACGGGCGGCAACGGCGGCGGUUCCGGAGGCGGUAACAGCGGUGCUACUACAGCUCGGCCGACCACAACGACCACGCGGGCCGGCACGUCCCCAACACCUUCCUCGGGCGGCGGCAGUGGCGGCAGCAGUGGCUCAGGAACCACCUACAAAUCCUCCUUCACCUUUUACGGCGCCGGCGACACAUUCGGCAGCCCGAACUGCAACACCAACACCGCUGCCUGUGGCUUCUACACCAACCCCGGCUUCUCCGCCGCGGCAUCGCAGAACAUCUUCGGCGUUGGACCAGGUGCAGGCGCGGGACCAGCAUGCGGCACCUGCUGGCGCCUGACCGCGCAGACCGACAGCAGCGGCAACAAGCUCUCCAACGCAGGCAACUCGAUCGUUGUGAUGGUCAACAAUCUGUGUCCCGCUCAGGGCAAUCCACUGUGCGCCCAGAAUGGGUUAACCGGUACGAACCAGUAUGGCGCGAACGUGAACUUUGAUUUGUGUCGGGAUAGUGGUGCUAGUGCCGCGAUGUUUGGGAAUAGUGGUGUGGGAUUGGCGUUGGGGACGGCACAGCAGGUCAGCUGUAGUUCGUACAGUGGGACGGUUGUGCACUAA